GAUUAAUCAAGAAGCACCUGUGGAUAUUUUAUAAUCAAGAAGAUGUCUCUUCACUUUCCCAGUCGUGCACGUUUUGGUCGCCAUCUUCGGUGUUGUUUCUCAGUUACAGUCCUACAAUGAAGAUGUUUCGGAAUACCAAACUGAUCAAAUCUGUUCCAGUUCAGUUUGGUUCGGUUCGGUUGGGGAGCUAUGGGGAGCUAAAAAAAACCGAAUAGAUGGUUUAAUGCAUCAAUUGAUUGGAUUGGAUGGUUUUUUUCCCCUUAAAAAAAACUGAUCUAAUCUGCACUGCAAACAUCCUUGGCAUCGAACUUCACUUACAAGUUAGUUAGACUCCCGAGGGACCACUCAUUCUUUUGGCUCUCUUAUUUUGUCUAAUUCCUAAACUAUCCCUAAAUUUCCUGCAAUUAUACACCAACAGACCCUUAGGAAAUUUAUCAUUAAAGUUUCAUGGAGUUACCAGCUGCCGUUUACUUUCUGUGUCGUUCCACAGGAGAAAAGGAAGGUCCUUCUUACUCUUCUCUGAAAGCUUGCUUUAUGAAGCUUGGCGAGAAAGGGUCCGUUAAGAACCAUUUACUCUAAACCAUAUAGACAAUGACACCGCUUCUAUGUUGUAAUCUAAAGCUAAGUAGAAUUAUAUAAUAAAAAAGGUUGAAUUGUUGAAAUUAACUCCCAAGGAAAGCUAUAUAUAUGUGUUGUUGAAGGUGUUACAAAGUUGUUUAUUAUCUGUGUUUAGUUACUUAUGAUGAGAAACAAGAAUUCUCAUACGCAAACAUGUUUCCAAUAUCAUUUAUUUGGACCAUUUAUUCUUUAUUUUAUUAAUUAUAUUGUUUCUUUUUUGAAUUGGAAUUGUAUUAUAGCCUCAACAUAUUGGAGAAGUACCUAAAAUGAUUGGGAACAUGUUUGAGAUUGAUGCUAGUACACUUUAUGGUGAAUCUUUUGAAUCUUCUAGUCAUACAUCAUAAUGAUGGAGAUGAUGAAUUUGUGGACUUGUACUAUUUGUGUUCUUUGUUUCGUUGUAAUGUUUAUGAUGUUUAGAAUUUAGAAAUCAGGAAUUGAGACAUGAGACUUUGGUUGAUGAUUAUACAUUUUAUGAUUUUAUAACUUAUUUAUAUUGUAUUUUAGUCUCCUUUUAAUGAUCUAUUGUGUUUUUCCUUUUGUUUUCGUUGAUGAUUAGAGCAUUUUAUGAGUUUAAAAAUUAUAUUAUAUCAUAUUUUUGUCUCCUUAUUUAUGGUCUGUUGUGUUUUUUCUUACUAAAACUGUUUUUACUUGGUUAAAGCCGUUGUUCUUUAUUUUUCUUUAUUAUGACCUGGUUGAAUCUGGUUGGACCCAAGUUCAAUUGGUUGGACCAAAUCUCGGAACCAUUAGCUUGAUAGUUUGAUAUCUGGUCCUGUUCUCAAAACCAUGCUGCUGAUACAACCUCUGUGAAGAAGGUCGAGGAGACCAAGGCUCUUCAACACACCGCAGUACAAGAACAAGAAGUUGCUGCAUUUCACCAAAUAAACAAGACCAAAAGAAAGAAAAAGAGGGCAAAAGUUAUAGAGGAAAAUGAAAACACUGAGAUCGGUACAGAGGUGAAUAACAACAACGUUUCAACGACGACGUACACCUCACCACCAGACGAACCUAAUUGCGUCAUAUCUAAAUUGAAAAAGAAGAAUGAGAAGCCUAUGGAAGUUGCAGAGGAAGAAGAAAAUGCAGAGAAUGAUGCAGAGGUAGUAGCAACAGGAACAUGCUUGAAUGAACCUAAUGGCUCAGAAUCAAAAUUGAAAGAUAAGAAGAAAAGAUUGUUAAAGGAAGCAGAGAAGGCGGACAAGCGAGGCGUUUGCUAUCUGAGUCGGAUCCCUCCUCACAUGGACCACGUCAAGCUUCGUCACAUUCUAUCUCAAUUCGGAGACGUACAACGCAUCUUUCUUGCCCCUGAAGAUUCUAGUGCUCCAGGCUCAACUAAACGGUCACGGGGUGCACGAGACCAAGCAUAUUCAGAAGGAUGGGUUGAAUUCAAGAAUAAAAGUCUAGCAAAGAGGGUUGCCAAUAUGUUGAAUGGUGAACAAAUAGGGGGGAAGAAGAGGUCAUCAUUCUACUAUGACCUUUGGAAUAUUAAAUACCUAAGUAAAUUCAAGUGGGAUGAUCUCACUGAAGAACUAGCACUAAAGAAAGCUAUUCGGGAGCAAAAGAUAGCUUUAGAACUUUCUGCUGCCAAGAGAGAGAGGGACUUAUAUCUUUCCAAAGUCGAUAAGUCACGUGCUUUGAAUGCAAUAGAGGAGAGGCUAAAGAAGAAGCAGAAGAUUCAACAAGACUCUGGACAAGUCGCAAAAGUGAUCCGCCAUUUCCCCCAAACGAAGCCGAUAACUUAUAAUGCUAAAGAAAGUAAACCUGGACUCUCUGAUGAUAUACUGGAUGCUGUAUUUGGUGGUUCGUAAUCCAUGUGUUGAUACUUCAACAUCAGGAGUUCAGAACCCAAAGAAUAGCACUGCCAAUUUUGUAACAUGCAUAUAGCAAUUUUCUGUAUUCAACCUUCCUUUUUUUUUGGUAAUAUCUAGAAGAUGUUUUUUAGUGACAGAAGGUUUUUGAA